AACUUGUCAGUCAAAGACAGUCAAAGUAGGUAUAUGUCAAAUCAAAUGUGUGGUGUUGGUGUGUGAGAAAACAGGACUGAAUUACAGCUUAUUUUAUGAUCUAUGUCUAAUUCAUAUAGGAAUUACUGAAAGUAUUUAUGUCCCUACACGUUGCUGUAAUAUAAGAAUACCCAUUACUUUCACACACUGUUGCGUAAAAAAUGUUAUAAUGGCUACCUCCUACGAAAAUUGGUUGAGUCGCAGGAAAGGUAAACAGAGUGAUUUAUUCAAAUUGGACACUAAGAAUAAAACACCUGAAGAAAACAUAAAAGAAAUACUGCAGGGACUCUAUUCGAAGAGAACAUUACACAAUGACACCUCACCCACCAACAAGACUAAUCCUAUGGAAUUCAAGAUAGGUCUGAGAGGCAUGCAGAAAAAUGGCUCUGAUAGCCGUAAACUGUCCUACUUAAAUGCCUUAGUCACCUUAUUAUGUAAAGAAGAUAGAAGUAAUUUAGGCUUUACACCUGAUGAACUAAUGACAUGUAUUCGUGUGAGUCUAGUAGAUGAAUCUAUGGUAAUUAGAGCAGCAGCCUUAAGAGUAUUACGCUACUUGAUUAAGACAGAAAGUGAUGUAGCAACAUUUAAUAAUUUGAAAUUACCAUAUUUAGUUAUAAGAUCAAUGGAUUUAAUGCUCCGGAACGAAGAGGAGCGUGCACAAGCGUUACGCGUGGUCCGGCGCGUGGUGGCGGUGGUGGGCGCGGCGCAGGGCGCGCGGCUGCAGCGCGGCGCCUUCGUGGAGCACGGCCUGCUGCGCUGCCUGGCCGCCGUGGCGCGCGCCGCCAGCGCCGGCGACGGCACGGGCGACCGCCUGGCCAGGCCGGCCAUCGCCACGCUGGCCGAGAUAUGCGUAUUGAACCCCGACAUGUUCAUAUCAUGUGGCGGUGUGAACGCAGUGACUCGACAGCUAGCAGAAUGUGCUACCCCCCGCAUGGCUGAAGCGCUGUGCGGCGUGUUGCUGCACGCGCUGAACGAUCCUGUCUCACGAAGAUCUGCACGCAUCGAUCUGAUGUGUCUUAGUUCACCAUACUGUGAUUUUCACUUCCGUCCAGCCGGUACUGAGACUAGCAGAGAUGAACGUGAGAUGAGAUUCACAUGUAGUCGGCUGGCGCUGCUGUGUGUGCUGCGCAGUUGGCCUGGCUUGCUUCACUUCUGUCACCCUUGUAGCACGGGCGGGCUGCGGGCGUUAGUUGCCGCUCUAUAUCUUCCGCGAUUAGAGGUUCGAAAAGCAAUUUUGGAUCUAUUGUACGAGCUAGUCGGAUUACCGCAACCAGAAUGGACAGAUGAGAUUUCUGUAGCUUUGGAUGCAGUUGAUCCAUCUGAUUUUCAAGAUUCUUGGCGACUAAACGAAGGUUUUGUUGCCGCCGAAGGCACUGCCAUAUUACCUCAUCUCGGUGCUACGGGCCCAGAUAUAAUUGAAAUUCAUCUCGCGCUCUUACUUCAGUGUUUCUUAGAGGCUGGAUUGUUGGACGGGUUAGCUGAAGUGAUUGUUACAAGUGAUACAUUUAUAUCGGUCCGAGCGACUGUAUUAUUGGGUCAACUAUUGCAUUUAAUACACCUAUAUCUACCUCCUCAAAUAUGUAGUAUAACGCCGGCGCUACCGACGCUCAUGUCUCAGGCUUCGGCCGGCAAGCCGCAGGCGCUAGCCGCGGUGGCCGCCUUACGAAGACUGCACUCCAUGCUCGAAGCUAGGCCGGCGAGUAGCAGCUUGUUCCUAGACCAUAUUAUACAGUAUUGCAGUGGUGCAUUUAGAGAAAAAGUAGAAGAUAACACAAAGAGUCGAAAAGAAAAAGACAACGCCAGUAUGGUUAAACCUAAACAUGACGUUUCGUUUCAUAAAGAAAAUAGUAUUGAAUUUUUGAAUGAUUCUGAUAAUGAAAACGAAUUAAAACAAAGGCACAGUGUUGGCUCGCGAGCCGAUGUUCCUAACAGAAACGUGGGUGCUUUAGUGAAAAGUAAAAGUGUCAGUUCACGGACUAGUGCUGCCGUCAGUAGAGUUACUAAAUCUGCGAAAUUCUUCAACUUAUUUGAACGUGAUAGCGACAACUUGAUCCGUUGUACAUUGGUAAUGCAAAAUAAAGACGGUAACACGUGGAAUUGGGAUAUUAUUAGGACUAUAUUGAAGGAAAACGACACUCCUUUAUUAAACCUAAACGAUAGCGGUCAUAAAGCUUGGGUCACUCGUAUAAUUAAUUAUUUGAAGCCGUCUUCCAAUAAAUAUUCCCAUACUGAUUUGUCAAGUACUUGCCACGGCCACUCCGCAACGCGCGCCGGCUGCCAACUUAUUAGACAUCUAUUGAGACAUAAUGAUCUUGACUGCCAAAGACUCCUGGAAGAUCUGUUCUCAGACGUGAGUCGCCAAAUAGAGGCUAUUGAGACAGGUUUAAAGGCUCACGAGUGCCUGUUCAGUCCACAGCACAUGUGCAACACUAUGUGUCAGAUGUACUUCCUCUUUAUUGGACAACUUUGUCAUUCACACAGCGGCUUGAGGCUAUUCAAACAGACUGGACUAUAUGAAAAUCUUUUAGAACUAUCAACAAAAACUCAUCACAGUUGUUAUGUGAAGUUAGUAAUAUCUAGUCUUGAUUAUACUUUGGACUCAUAUCCGAGGGAUAUUCUGGCAAAAACAUUAACAUGCAACAUUCAAGCUUCAAGAUUAUACACGACACAAUUUCUAAACGUUCUGUUGCGUGCGUCGACGAAAUCGCGUGAAUUAGUGCGGAGAAAGGCAAAAUUGAAAAAGAAUUUGGAUCAUAUGAAGUCGACGCAUAAAGAUAACCCUGAAGUGAACACGGGUGUUGAUAUGGACACUUGGAUACUGCAGAUGUUGAUUGGUCAAGUCAAAGAUGAAUCGAAGGCCGUGAUAAAAAUUGCCCUAACGAUAUUGGAAGAAGCUUAUCACGUUCCUUCGUACGUCGAAAAAUUGGUAACGAUGAAGGAGUUGCUCUGUCAAAACUGUCAUCUGGACAAGGCCGCGGAUCCUUCGUCUCUUGAUUUUGGAGCGGUCAGCGAUCGUGGAUAUUUGCUGUGGUUAAGUCUCGAAGUUUCCGUCGCUGUUCAAUCGGUUGAUGCGAAAUCCAUUGCAUUUCUCAAGAAACAUCUCGAUUUUUGGACGAAAUCUUAUAAUUAUCGGUACGUGCGGCUGGUGGAGGCGGGCGUGCACGAGGCGCUGGCGGUGAGCUCCGCGGGCGGCGCGCGCGGCCUGCCCCGCGCCCGGCGCGCCGCGCGCCCGCCGCCGCACGUGCACGCCGCGCUGGCGCCGCGCGCGCCGCCCGCCGCCCGCGCGCGCGCGCUGCUGGCCGCCGUGCUGCCCGAACACUACAAGAUUCUGCAACGUAAAAAGUGCGCUACGGAACAAGAAAUAGCCGAUAUAAAGGCCUCUUUGUGGGCUGUCGGCAAUACCGCAGUCACUUCUCAAGGACUUCAACAACUUAUGAGUUUAAGUAACGGCUAUUUAGAGGACUCUGUCCUUGUUCACAUCGUCAGAUUAGCCAAAUACAACCCCGUGUAUUCCGUGCGAGCGACAGCCUUUUAUGUUCUUGGUCUUAUCGGAAGUACAUACGACGGUGCUAACCUACUAUCUGAUCUUGGUUGGCUGUGCGUACGACACACACGAUAUGACCAGUUCCCAAUCAUCCCCGAUGAAACUUCAGGCUGUAACUUUGAACAGGGUUCAAAUGUGCAUUACUAUGUAACCUCUCCGGAAUGCCGUUACAAUGCUUAUGAUGCAGAGCUAAGCGAACAUUCAGACCAUACCGACCAAAGCGUAGCAGAAAGCUUACAUUCGGAAACAACGAAACAGUUUGGAAAGACUGGGUCAAUAUCGGCCGACACAUCCGAAAUUAAAGACCAGGAUGUUACGGACAAUAAGGUUUACGCUGACGGGCGACCGGACAAGAGAAAGUCGCAUACGCUACCAUCGCAAGGUGUCUCUAGUUCCCACGACCGGCCUACAUUGUCUGAAUCGAGAACUGUGGACAUACUGCGGGACUGCUCAAGCUACGAGCGCCAUGGACCACAUCGAAUGGAAAAUAGAUUAGUUAUAGGCAGAAUGAACUCACUAGAGCACGCACACGAGGGCAGAGUGAGGAACACUAGUGAAUCCAGCACCAGUGGAGUCAGUAGUUGUGAUUCAUUUCUAGGGAAAUACGCUAUUCCGGAUAGAGUUUUAACUCUCAGUCCUAUACCAAGUUCGUCUAGUUUGUAUGGUAUGAAGAGCAGUAAUAGUUCACAUCGGCCGAAAAUACCAGAACUGCAGCGACGGACUUCCACCUCAAGUUUCGCUGGUCAUGAAGUAGCCAGUUCACCUCCGUCCCAAAUGGAUAUGACAGGAUAUGCUACUUUGAAGUCACUAAAUCGAAGGCCUCAUUUGUCGGAAAGCGCGGCUACAGGCUCUACCGAAAUGGACGACCUUAGUUGGUUACUUUCGGACACCAAUCGACGUACGAAGCCGUUCUCUUCACUGAGAGACAGAGCUAAAACAACUAAAGAAAGAAUGACAAAGCUCAGCCUGUUGGAGUACGAUUGGAAGCCCCUUCCCUUGGGCGAGAGCUCUCGCUCGUCCCCACCCGCAGUGGGUGUGGGCGCGGGCCCGGCGGGCGCCAGACGCCGCACUCCGAGCGCUACGCUGCCGCAGCCGCCGCCUAACUCCUCCGCGCAUUCACCCGCGUACAUCGGCAUCUGCCUUCCCAGGGACCUCAUGGAACUCUUUCCUCGAGAUGAAGAGAAAUAUGAUGAAGAUACUGACAAAAGUGAACAUACGAAACGUGGUCGCCUUCCAUCUUUCCUCGUAGAUACUAGUAGUGCAAGCACAGAAAACAAAUCUCGAGCUACACCUGAUAGCCAAAAGCUAACAUCCCAAAAAGCUGGUUCAAACAUUAUUGCAGUGCAACUACAUAAGGCUAGUUCUAAUUCGGAUAAAACUGACACAACAGUGGCCUCUAAUGCCGAUACAUCUACAGCAAGUGUAGAACCGAAUGACACAAAUACGAGAACACCUAAAGACAAACCUAAGAGGCUAGUCACAACUGUAAAUGAAGAUGAAAAUGUUACUAACACUUUAUCUAAGAAAACUGCUGAAGGAAGCGUUAAAACAGUCAAUAAUGAAAAUAAAAGUGAAAAUGUCGCUGCAAAUAAUGAAGACUCACAGGGUACAAGUCAAGUGCAGGAUGGAUUAGACCCUAAUCGGUCGAUUGCCGCCGACGGUGAAAGUGUGGCUCAAAGUAUAGGUGCUGUGGUUACUGAAGUAUCCAGUUCCUCUAGCAGAAAGUGGAGACAUGCAACUGCGGAUUGUUUGGCUUGCGUUCGAACCCGGCCGCCUUCUUCACAUGAAUUACGCGAAGCGUUCUUUGCUGAUAUGGAUGCUUCUGGCUCCAUCACCAAAGACACCCGCAGUCCGGUAAACGAAAAGGCUGAUCGUGGCCCGCAAGCGGAGUUGUUACAUCAAGUACAUUUCAUGUCCAACCCCAUACACUUAAGACAGGCUCGGUCUGUUCUUCUGUCGAUGAAGCAGCGGCAUCUAGAGGUAUUCCGGAGUCCCUGUGUUUACUCUGACGUAUGCGCAUUACUGGCAAGAGACACGUACAUGUUAUGUGCCAGACGGUUUGUACAGGAACUUUUUCUUGAUACAAAUUUCGACUGCUUUGCCACUGAACCGGCUGCUGUGCUGAAACGUCACGGCGUGACAACACCUUCAGAUAGAAUAUCUACUGAUGUACACCAAUAGUAUUUAAGAUCAUAACGAACAUGUAAGGUCGUAAAAUAUUGUUUAAACUGUCAAAAUCGGUUUUAAUUACAAUUAUUUUAAACCCUGAUAUUGAUUAAAAUUGAAUGUGACUUGCAUUAAAAAAACGCUAUUAAAGUUGCACGAUGUACGCUAGGAUUUUAUCAACCCAGUAUGUCGUCGAAUCCCAUCCAAUUAGCAUGGAACAAAAGUCUUAAUACAAUUUGAACAAAGUAAUAUUGCGUCCCUUCAGUAUUAGAUAGUCUUAUACUACCUACACUGCGUUAAAUAUAGCAAGAUAGGCGACCUUACAUAAUCGAUCGUGAUUUCUAGUAACAUAAAAUUUACUUUUACGUUGUUUUGGUUUUGGUAAUUUAUUAGGUGUUAAUUUAAUUAUUCCUGAUGCUAUUGCUUACUGUUAGUCUAUUUUCAAGCACUUGUAUGGAUUUGAAUAUUAUAGCACUUUGUUUAGAUAUAAUGUAAUGUAUAGAGACGACCUAGGUGUAACAUUAACGAUCGACUCACGAUUUAACAUAUACAGAGCAGUCUUCAAUUAGUAUAAGUUGUUACAGUUUUACAUGUAAAAUAUUACUAAUUUAUAAUAUUUUAUAAAGUAGGAUAUCCGAUUGUAAGGGAUAUAUAAUUAUAUGCUCGUAAAGUGUGCGAUAAAUUUAUUCAUAUGCAAAGUUUUUAUUUUGCUGGUUUGUUGUUUAACUUGCGAUAAACUGCCCUAAGUUAUAAUAGAGUAAUGGCAAGAGACCUUAUCAUGCAUGAUUAAGCUUAUAUACUUGCUCUAAAGCUGCCACUCAAUCCGCUAAUGCCAAAAUCAAUAAAUACCUAUUUAUGUUUACUUAUCUUUUUUAAGUAUAAAUUUACGUCCCCGAGUGACCGCCUUCUCGUGACCCUGUUAUGUUCAAUGACCGUAACGUCAAAAUUAGCCAAGACAGUAUUGGAUAGUAAUCUGCACAUUAAAAAUAACCAAAUUACUAUUUUUAUAAUUAUUAAAAAAUUCAAAAACAUUAUGUCGUGACAUCGAUUUAUGUUACUUAUAGAAACGUUUUUGAUUUUGUUGUAUAAUUUGAAUAGAAACUCAAGAAUGGCGCGAUUGCCUAUAGUUACUCUCCUAGAAAAAUAGUUAUUAUAAUUAGUUUAUAAAGUCUCACAUAAUGACAAUAGUUACUGAUCUUACGGACUGAAUAUGCACCAUUCCCACUGACUUCAAUAGCUUAGCUGUACCUCUUCAUAUAUCCCACCUAAAACGAUACACAAUGUUCCCUAGUUUCAAGCAUAAUUAGUUAUAAAUACCUAUUACAACCCUGUGUUCAUUAUUUAACUAAAGUCUUAUGUUUGCAUUUAAUAGUAGUUGUUCCCUUUUGUUCGUUGUUGUUAUUUAUAAAAACUAAAUCAGAAUAGCAAUCUAGUUUUACAUAACAUGAUAUUAUAAGUAUUAAAAGAGCACACUAGAUGUCCCAUAUUACUAUUUGUUAUAGGAAUCUUUUGUUAAUAAUAGUGGGAAAUAUGUAAUUUAUAUAAGGUAUAUUACUAGUGAAAAGCAAUAAAUAAUGAAAGAAAGCUGUCACUUAUAUACUGCCGUAUUUAUGAGAAACAUUCUUGUAUUCUCCUUCCAAGUUUAUUCAAUUAUGCGUCCUCGAAUUUCUGCAUUUAUAAUACUGUACCAUAAUUUAUGAAUUCAAACUAAUAUCAACUACAACAAGCACUCAGAGGUACUAAAAGUAAGUAGCUACUCAAAUAAUAUUUACGAACACAUAUGUUUUGGUUACAAUAGGGUAACCAAAAGGUGCGUGUUUAGUGUUUCCAUUCUAUUUAUUCCUAUGAACGUAAAAACUGUCUAUCUGUCUCUCACUAUUCCGGCUUGGUUAAAUAAUUUGUAUAUAUUUGAGUCCGAUAUUUUUGUAAACGUGGUAAAAAUGAAAAUGGCGACUCAUUUAUUAUAUAACUUAUUAACUUUUAUAUGCAGAUCUGCAUAUUUAUUCCAGACAAGGAAAUUACUUUCAUUAUUUUUUAGUUUUAUCUUCCUUUAGUACUUCUGAGUAUUGUACAUUAUGUAUUAUGAUACUUUCCUGUUGAAUACUAGUCCUAAGAGUUGAUUCUAAUUGUAUAAUAAUGCCUACAUUAUUAAUAAUAUACAAAGAGUUAUUAAAUAAUAUCUUUCAACGUGCGUUCCGGUAUAAAGUUUUUUUUUACUAAAUACAAAUUAAUUUAUACGUGAUUGCACAUUAUAAACCUAUUCAUAAAAUAUAGAAAAAACAAAAUCGUGCCAUUGUGCUGGUUCCUUGCAGUUAUAUUUACAUGUUACAUUACUACUAAGUAUCGACUUUCGAUUAUGCCACUUCAUUACAAUAAAAUAUAUUAUUUUAAUAACGUA